AUGAUGCAGUAUUACUACAAUGUAGUGUAUGUGCCGAGGAAACAACUUGUCGUCGCAGAUGCCUUGUCCCGUAGCCCAGUGAAAGUCGGGGUUCCGGACGAUACUGUUGAAGAGUACGUGUUUGGAGUCAAAAUAUCAUGGCCUGUUUCAGACGAAAUGCUGCAGCGUAUUAAGGGGGAGACAAGGCACGAUCCUCAGCUCUCAGCUCUUUUGCUCAUUGUGCAAUCAGAAUGGCCUUCGUACAAAGGACAGCUACCAGAGCUCAUAACACCGUUUUGGGACAGUCAACACCUCCUAUCUCAAGUAGAUGAAGUAAUCUUACGAGGUUCUCAAAUAGUGAUUCCAAAAUCCUUGCGCAGCCACGUUAUCAACCUCGCGCAUGAAGGUCACUUGGGCAUCGUCAAAACCAAAACACGGGCUCGUGAAGUUGUCUGGUGGCCGGGGAUGAACAGUCAACUAGAACAAGCAGUUUCAAAAUGUGAAGCAUGCGCCCAGUACCAAAACCAGCAGCGCAAGGAACCUCUCCAAUCGUCAACAUUGCCCGGUCGUCCAUGGGAGCGAAUCGCAAUGGACUUGUUUUCAAUUGAGAAUUGCAAUUACUUAGUUGUGGUCGACUACUACUCGCGAUUUCCGGAACUGCAACGUCUAUCCGGUUUAAAAGCUGCAACCGUUAUUGAAAGUCUAAAGGGGAUAUUCUGUAGAAAUGGAAUACCGCAGGAGGUUGUCAGCGAUAAUGGACCGCAGUUUGCCAAUGAACAAUUCCGCCAGUUCUCCCGUCGUUACGGAUUUAAGCACACUACAUCGUCUCCACGGUACCUCCAAGGGAAUGGGCUAGCGGAACGCACGGUGCAAACGGUUAAAGAUAUUCUGAAGAAAACUGCGGUAACUCGGGAAGAUCCACACCUGGCCUUACUGGCGUAUCGAACGACACCUCAUAGCAGCACAGGGAUCUCGCCAGCUCAAUUGCUGAUGGGAUGCCGAUUGCGCAACACGCUACCGUCUGCUCCAGGUCAUCUCCAGCCUGAGACUAUAUCCAGAGAUGCUGUCGUGUCUCAGACAUUCAAAGCAAAACAGAUCAAGCAUCAACUUACAACCGACAUCGAGGCGUUCGUACACUCCCACAGCUACUUCCAGGAGAUUAUGUUCUUGUAUGGAAUGCAGACCAGAAACAAUGGCGAACUCCAGGACAAGUCAAGAGGCAAAUGA